GCUACACUUCAUCUUUGUCUCGAUCAUCAGUGUCUCCUUGGCAUACGUUUGAGUUGACACUGGGAGGAAUCCGUUUCAUCGGCCCCAUGGACCACGGGACGCAUCCUGCGCCCCCCCUGUUGGAGGUGGAUGUGGAUCUGGGUUUUGCGCUCUUCUUCCUCUUCCUCUUGUGCUUCUUCCUGCUGGUGACGGUGGUGCGCUGUGCCCAGAUGGUGGUGGACCCCUACGGUUCCAUCUCCACCUCCACCUACCAGGAGGAGCAGAUUACCUGAAGACUUUGACCGUUCGCCAUGGUAGAUGUGAAGAUACUGCAGACCUGACCUCAAAUAUGGUUCCGAAAAAAUACCGAUAGUUAAAUCAUA